CCCCCCGGAGCCGACGCCAGCGUGCGGGGGUCCCGGGCUGAACCACCCCCCCAGCCCCGUCCCCCAUCGCCGCGCCGCGGGCCCGGGGGCGGGGAGAGAGCCAGGCCCCCCAGCCUCCCCCCACUCCCCUCCCCGGGAUGCCCGGCUGAGCCGGCCGGGCUGGGACAGGUGCGCGCCGGGACCCCCCCUUCUCCCCCAAGCCCGCGCCCUCCCUGCCCUCGCGCCUCCCUCCCGCGCACUCGCGGCGCCCCCGGCUCCGAGGUGUCACCUGCCGCCGCCCGGCCCUCGCCAUGCGGGCCCCGCGCGCGCCCCCAACCCGCCCGGCUUUGCUGCUCCUGCUGCUGCUACUGGGGGGCGCCCACGGCCUCUUCCCGGAGGAGCCGCCGCCGCUUAGCGUGGCCCCCAGGGACUAUCUGAACCACUAUCCCGUGUUCGUGGGCAGCGGGCCGGGGCGCCUGACCCCCACGGAGGGUGCUGACGAUCUCAACAUCCAGCGGAUGCUGCGGGUCAACAGGACGCUGUUCAUCGGGGACAGGGACAGCCUGUACCGGGUGGAGCUGGAGCCCCCCACAUCCAUGGAGCUGCGGUACCAGCGGAAGCUUACCUGGCCCUCCAACCCCAGCGACAUCAACGUGUGCCACAUGAAGGGCAAGCAGGAGGGCGAGUGUCGGAACUUCGUCAAGGUGCUGCUGCUCCGCGAUGAGGCCACGCUCUUCGUGUGUGGCUCCAACGCCUUCAACCCCGUGUGCGCCAACUACAGCAUAGACACACUACAGCCCCUCGGGGACAGCAUCAGUGGCAUGGCCCGCUGCCCGUACGACCCCAAACACGCCAACGUCGCCCUCUUCUCUGAUGGGAUGCUCUUUACAGCCACCGUUACUGACUUCCUGGCCAUUGACGCUGUCAUCUAUCGCAGCCUCGGGGACCGGCCCACUCUGCGCACGGUGAAACACGACUCCAAAUGGUUCAAAGAGCCCUAUUUUGUCCAUGCAGUGGAGUGGGGCAGCCAUGUCUACUUCUUUUUCCGAGAGAUUGCCAUGGAGUUUAACUACCUGGAGAAGGUAGUGGUGUCCCGCGUGGCCCGGGUGUGCAAGAACGACAUGGGGGGCUCGCCCCGCGUGCUGGAGAAGCAGUGGACGUCAUUUCUGAAGGCGCGACUCAACUGCUCGGUGCCCGGGGACUCCCACUUCUACUUCAACGUGCUGCAGGCCGUCACCGGGGUGGUCAGCCUGGGCGGCCAGCCCGUGGUCCUCGCCGUCUUCUCCACCCCCAGCAACAGCAUCCCCGGCUCGGCCGUCUGCGCUUUCGACAUGACGCAGGUGGCCGCCGUGUUCGAAGGCCGCUUCCGUGAGCAGAAGUCCCCCGAGACCAUCUGGACACCUGUGCCGGAGGAUCAGGUGCCGCGGCCCCGGCCUGGGUGCUGUGCGGCCCCAGGCCUGCAAUACAACGCCUCCAGCGCCUUCCCUGACGACAUCCUCCACUUUGUAAAGACGCACCCCUUGAUGGACGACGCGGUGCCCUCUCUGGGCCAAGGCCCCUGGAUCGUGCGGACGCUGAUGAGGCACCAGCUGACGCGGGUGGCCGUAGACGUGGGCGCCGGGCCCUGGGGCAACCAGACCGUCGUCUUCCUGGGUUCCGAGUCGGGCACCGUUCUCAAAUUCCUCGUCCGGCCCAACGCGAGCACCCUGGGCACGGCGGGGCCGAGCGUCUUCCUGGAGGAGUUCGAGACCUACCGGCCGGACAGGUGUGGACGGGCCGGCUCUGGCGAGACGGGGCAGCGGCUGCUGAGCCUGGAGCUGGACGCGGCCUCGGGCGGCCUGCUGGCGGCUUUCCCCCACUGCGUGGUGCGGGUGCCCGUGGCUCGCUGCCAGCAGCACUCGGGGUGUAUGAAGAACUGUAUCGGCAGCCAGGACCCCUACUGUGGAUGGGCCCCCGACAGCUCCUGUGUCUUCCUGAGCCCCGGCACCAGAGCCACCUUUGAGCAGGACAUCUCUGGGGCCAGCACCUCAGGUUUGGGGGACUGCACAGGGCUCCUGCGGGCCAGCCUCUCCGAGGAGCGGGCCGGGCUGGUGUCGGUGAACCUGCUGGUGACCUCGUCGGUGGCGGCCUUCGUGGUGGGCGCCGUGGUGUCCGGCUUCAGCGUGGGCUGGUUCGUGGGCCUCCGGGAACGGCGGGAGCUGGCACGGCGCAAGGACAAAGAGGCCAUCCUGGCGCACGGCGGGGGCGAGGCCGUGCUGAGCGUGAGCCGGCUGGGCGAGCGCCGGGCGGGCGGCCCCGGGGGCCGGGCUGGGGGUCCCGGGGGUCCCCCCGAGGCCCUGCUGGCACCGCUGAUGCAGAACGGCUGGGCCAAGGCCACGCUGCUGCAGGGAGGCCCGCACGACCUGGACGCGGUGCUGCUGCCCACACCCGAGCAGACGCCGCUGCCCCAGAAGCGCCUGCCCACACCGCACCCCCACACCCACGCCCUCGGACCCCGCGGCUGGGACCACGGCCACCCGCUGCUCUCCGCCUCCUCCUCCCUCCUCCUGCUGGCACCAGCCCGGGCUCCCGAGCAGUCCCCGGUGGGCGAGCCGGGCACCGAUGCCCGCGUCUACGCCACCCGGCCCGGCCGCGCCAUCCACGGCGACUUCCCGCUCACCCCCCGUGCCAGCCCGGACCGCCGGCGGGUUGUGUCGGCGCCCACGGGCCCCUCGGACCCAGGCUCAGUGGCCGACGGCCUCCCGCGGCCCUGGAGCCCCCCGCCCACGGGCAGCCUGCGCCGGGUGGGCACCCAGGGCCCGCCAGCCACCGCCCUGCGCCGCACGCACACGUUCAACAGCGGCGAGGGCCGGCCCGGCGAUCGCCACCGCGGCCGCCACGUCCGGCCGGGCACGGACCUGGCCCACUUCCUCCCCUACGGGGGGACGGACAGGACUGCCCCCCCGGUACCCUAGACCGGGGGGAGCCCCCCACCCCACACCCCGACGCCUUGGCCACGCGAACCAGGAGUGAGAAGCGGUGGAUCGCCGGGCCCGGCCCGGCUCCGAGUGGGUGCUCACGACGCCCCCACCCCACCUGUGUGGGGGUCCCCCACUUGCCACACGGAAGCACAACGCACUCAGCAACCCCUCCACCCGCCACCUUGGGCCGCAGGACGUGCUGAGACGGUUUUCUGGGGUGGGGUGGGGGAGCUGGGGUGAGUGGGAAACGUUUACUUUGGACUUGAAGUUGACUUUCUGCGUAGACUUUUGUUUUCUUUUUCGGUUUUGGUUUCUUUGGCAUUUUCUAACCAAUUGCACAACUCCGUUCUCGGGGUGGCGGUGGCCCCGGGAUGGGGGGCGAGUGGUUUUGGGGGAGCCGGGAUCGUGGACUCAAGCUCCCACACCCCUCACCCCCGUCCCUCACCGCCUCCGUCCCCCAAAAGGCCCCUCCUCGACGCAGGCCCUUGGUGUGUACGUGUGUGCGUGUGCGUGUGUGUGUGUGCAUGCCGUGAUGUGUGCGAGGGGCUGGGGAGAGGAGGGGGCGUGCGUGGGCGUGCCCACGAGGGGCUGCUGCUGGCGUGCGUGUGGCGUGCGUGCAAGUUGGGGGCGGCCCCGGUGGCCUCCGCGUUGGCUGAGCCGAUGCCGGGCCUUCCGGAAAGCCCAGGGCCUCCAACGUGCUGGUGAGCGGUUUGAACCCCACCUCUGCCGAGGGAAGGGGGCAAAAGGAGGGGGGUUUCAGGUCAGGAGCUGGGGAGGGCCACCCCCCACCAGGAAGUAACUUUAGCAGCAGCUGUCUAAAGGGCUCGGGGGUCUGGGGGGCACGGUGGCGAAGGCGGGCAGGGCCCCCCUGUAAAUACAGCCCUGGCGUGGUCGGAGGGCCUCGUGCCUCUUGUCCACUUGUGACCUCUCCCCUUUGACCUCCAGCCGGCCAUGCAUGCCACGUGGCCUGCUGGGUCCUGAACCCAGCUCUGGAGUUUGCCUCCCCCAGCGCCCCCUCCCCAUCAAUAAAACUCUGUUUACAACCACCGGC